AUGGAGCAAAGUGGAUUUGGAUCAAACACAUGUGAACAUGGUCAGGAUGCUGCUGUCAUCUGUUCAGCUGUGUCCGUCAUUUUAACUGGAUCUGGAUCGACUCGAUGUUCUGGCAGGGUUGAAGUUUAUCACAAUAACAGCUGGGGAACAGUCUGUGAUGAUGGCUGGGGCUUAAAUGAUGCUGAGGUGGUUUGCAGACAGUUAAACUGUGGGUCGGCCCUGGAGGCUCCUCGAUCAGCUCACUUUGGUGCAGGAACUGGACAGAUUUGGCUUGAUCAUGUGACCUGUUCAGGAAAUGAAAGUUCUCUAACUGAGUGUCAACACAGUGGAUUUGGUUCAAACAGAUGUGAACAUGGUCAGGAUGCUGCUGUCAUCUGUUCAGAUCUGGUCAGAUUGGCUGGGUCUGGAUCAACUCGAUGUUCUGGAAGAGUUGAAAUCUUUCACAAUAGCAUCUGGGGAACAGUCUCUGAUUACAACUGGAACUUAAAUGAUGCUGAGGUGGUUUGCAGACAGUUAAAAUGUGGGUCGGCACUAAAGAAUCCCGAAUUUGGUCACUUUGGUGAAGCAACUGGACAGAUUUGGCUCAGUGCUGUGACGUGUUCAGGAAAUGAAAGUUCUCUAACUGAAUGUCGACACUCAGGAUGGGGAAACAACUACUAUGGACAUUAUGAUGAUGUUGGUGUCAUCUGUUCAGGUAUGAUCAGAUUAGCUGGAUCAACUCGAUGUUCUGGCAGAGUUGAAGUUUAUCACAAUAACAGCUGGGGAACAGUCUGUGAUGAUGGCUGGGACUUAAAUGAUGCUGAGGUGGUUUGCAGAGAGUUAAACUGUGGGUCGGCACUGAAAGUUCCUACAUCAGCUCACUUUGGUGCAGGAACUGGACAGAUUUGGCUUGAUCAUGUGACCUGUUCAGGAAGUGAAAGUUCUCUAACUGAGUGUCAACACAGUGGAUUUGGAUCAAACACAUGUGAACAUGGUCAGGAUGCUGCUGUCAUCUGUUCAGAUGUGAUCAGAUUGGCUGGGUCUGGAUCAACUCGAUGUUCUGGAAGAGUUGAAAUCUUUCACAAUAACAUCUGGGGAACAGUCUCUGAUUACAACUGGAACUUAAAUGAUGCUGAGGUGGUUUGCAGACAGUUAAAAUGUGGGACGGCACUAAAGAAUCCCCAAUUUGGUCACUUUGGUGCAGCAACUGGACAGAUUUGGCUCAGUGCUGUGACGUGUUCAGGAAAUGAAGGUUCUCUAACUGAAUGUCGACACUCAGGAUGGGGAAACAACUACUAUGGACAUUAUUAUGAUGUUGGUGUCAUCUGUUCAGGUAUGAUCAGAUUAGCUGGAUCGACUCGAUGUUCUGGCAGGGUUGAAGUUUAUCACAAUAACAGCUGGGGAACAGUCUGUGAUGAUGGCUGGGACUUAAAUGAUGCUGAGGUGGUUUGCAGAGAGUUAAACUGUGGGUCGGCACUGAAAGUUCCUACAUCAGCUCACUUUGGUGCAGGAACUGGAAAGAUUUGGCUUGAUCAUGUGACCUGUUCAGGAAAUGAAAGUUCUCUAAGUGAGUGUCAACACAGUGGAUUUGGAUCAAACACAUGUGAACGUGGUCAGGAUGCUGCUGUCAUCUGUUCAGCUGUGUCCGUCAUUUUAACUGGAUCUGGAUCGACUCGAUGUUCUGGCAGAGUUGAAGUUUAUCACAAUAACAGCUGGGGAACAGUCUGUGAUGAUGGCUGGGGCUUAAAUGAUGCUGAGGUGGUUUGCAGACAGUUAAACUGUGGGUCGGCCCUGGAGGCUCCUCAAUCAGCUCACUUUGGUGCAGGAACUGGACAGAUUUGGCUUGAUCAUGUGACCUGUUCAGGAAAUGAAAGUUCUCUAACUGAGUGUCAACACAGUGGAUUUGGAUCAAACAGCUGUGAACAUGGUCAGGAUGCUGCUGUCAUCUGUUCAGCUGUGUCCGUCAUUUUAACUGGAUCUGGAUCGACUCGAUGUUCUGGCAGGGUUGAAGUUUAUCACAAUAACAGCUGGGGAACAGUCUGUGAUGAUGGCUGGGGCUUAAAUGAUGCUGAGGUGGUUUGCAGACAGUUAAACUGUGGGUCAACACUGGAGGCUCCUCGAUCAGCUCACUUUGGUGCAGGAACUGGACAGAUUUGGCUUGAUCAUGUGACCUGUUCAGGAAGUGAAAGUUCUCUAACUGAGUGUCAACACAGUGGAUUUGGAUCAAACACAUGUGAACAUGGUCAGGAUGCUGCUGUCAUCUGUUCAGAUCUGGUCAGAUUGGCUGGGUCUGGAUCAACUCGAUGUUCUGGAAGAGUUGAAAUCUUUCACAAUAACAUCUGGGGAACAGUCUCUGAUUACAACUGGAACUUAAAUGAUGCUGAGGUGGUUUGCAGACAGUUAAAAUGUGGGACGGCACUAAAGAAUCCCCAAUUUGGUCACUUUGGUGCAGCAACUGGACACAUUUGGCUCAGUGCUGUGACGUGUUCAGGAAAUGAAAGUUCUCUAACUGAAUGUCGACACUCAGGAUGGGGAAACAACUACAAUAAACAUUAUUAUGAUGUUGGUGUCAUCUGUUCAGGUAUGAUCAGAUUAGCUGGAUCAACUCGAUGUUCUGGCAGAGUUGAAGUUUAUCACAAUAACAGCUGGGGAACAGUCUGUGAUGAUGGCUGGGACUUAAAUGAUGCUGAGGUGGUUUGCAGAGAGUUAAACUGUGGGUCGGCACUAGAGGCUCCUCGAUCAGCUCACUUUGGUGCAGGAACUGGACAGAUUUGGCUUGAUCAUGUGACCUGUUCAGGAAAUGAAAGCUCUCUAACUGAGUGUCAACACAGUGGAUUUGGAUCAAACACAUGUGAACAUGGUCAGGAUGCUGCUGUCAUCUGUUCAGGUAUGAUCAGAUUAGCUGGAUCAACUCGAUGUUCUGGCAGGGUUGAAGUUUAUCACAAUAACAGCUGGGGAACAGUCUGUGAUGAUGGCUGGGACUUAAAUGAUGCUGAGGUGGUUUGCAGACAGUUAAACUGUGGGUCGGCACUGAAAGUUCCUACAUCAGCUCACUUUGGUGCAGGAACUGGACAGAGAUGGCUUGAUCAUGUGACCUGUUCAGGAAAUGAAACUUCUCUAACUGAGUGUCAACACAGUGGAUUUGGAUCAAACACAUGUGAACGUGGUCAGGAUGCUGCUGUCAUCUGUUCAGCUGUGUCCGUCAUUUUAACUGGAUCUGGAUCGACUCGAUGUUCUGGCAGGGUUGAAGUUCAUCACAAUAACAGCUGGGGAACAGUCUGUGAUGAUGGCUGGGACUUAAAUGAUGCUGAGGUGGUUUGCAGAGAGUUAAACUGUGGGUCGGCCCUGGAGGCUCCUCAAUCAGCUCACUUUGGUGCAGGAACUGGACAGAUUUGGCUUGAUCAUGUGACCUGUUCAGGAAAUGAAAGUUCUCUAACUGAAUGUCAACACAGUGGAUUUGGAUCAAACACAUGUGAACAUGGUCAGGAUGCUGCUGUCAUCUGUUCAGAUCUGAUCAGAUUGGCUGGGUCUGGAUCAACUCGAUGUUCUGGAAGAGUUGAAAUCUUUCACAAUAACAUCUGGGGAACAGUCUCUGAUUACAACUGGAACUUCAAUGAUGCGGAGGUGGUUUGCAGACAGUUAAAAUGUGGGUCGGCACUAGGGAAUCCCCAAUUUGGUCACUUUGGUGCAGCAACUGGACAGAUUUGGCUCAGUGAUGUGACGUGUUCAGGAAAUGAAGGUUCUCUAACUGAAUGUCGACACUCAGGAUGGGGAAACCACUACUAUGGACAAUAUUAUGAUGUUGGUGUCAUCUGUUCAGGUAUGAUCAGAUUAGCUGGAUCGACUCGAUGUUCAGGCAGGGUUGAAGUUUAUCACAAUAACAGCUGGGGAACAGUCUGUGAUGAUGGCUGGGACUUAAAUGAUGCUGAGGUGGUUUGCAGAGAGUUAAACUGUGGGUCGGCAUUGAAAGUUCCUACAUCAGCUCACUUUGGUGCAGGAACUGGAAAGAUUUGGCUUGAUCAUGUGACCUGUUCAGGAAAUGAAAGUUCUCUAAGUGAGUGUCAACACAGUGGAUUUGGAUCAAACACAUGUGAACGUGGUCAGGAUGCUGCUGUCAUCUGUUCAGCUGUGUCCGUCAUUUUAACUGGAUCGACUCGAUGUUCUGGCAGGGUUGAAGUUUAUCACAAUAACAGCUGGGGAACAGUCUGUGAUGAUGGCUGGGACUUAAAUGAUGCUGAGGUGGUUUGCAGACAGUUAAACUGUGGGUCGGCCCUGGAGGCUCCUCGAUCAGCUCACUUUGGUGCAGGAACUGGACAGACUUGGCUUGAUCAUGUGACCUGUUCAGGAAAUGAAAGUUCUCUAACUGAGUGUCAACACAGUGGAUUUGGAUCAAACACAUGUGAACAUGGUCAGGAUGCUGCUGUCAUCUGUUCAGAUCUGAUCAGAUUGGCUGGGUCUGGAUCAACUCGAUGUUCUGGAAGAGUUGAAAUCUUUCACAAUAACAUCUGGGGAACAGUCUCUGAUUACAACUGGAACUUAAAUAAUGAUGAGGUGGUUUGCAGACAGUUAAAAUGUGGGACGGCACUAGAGAAUCCCCAAUUUGGUCACUUUGGUGAAGCAACUGGACAGAUUUGGCUCAGUGCUGUGACGUGUUCAGGAAAUGAAAGUUCUCUAACUGAAUGUCGACACUCAGGAUGGGGAAACAACUACUAUGGACAAUAUUAUGAUGUUGGUGUCAUCUGUUCAGGUAUGAUCAGAUUAGCUGGAUCAACUCGAUGUUCUGGCAGGGUUGAAGUUUAUCACAAUAACAGCUGGGGAACAGUCUGUGAUGAUGGCUGGGACUUAAAUGAUGCUGAUGUGGUUUGCAGAGAGUUAAACUGUGGGUCGGCACUGAAAGUUCCUACAUCAGCUCACUUUGGUGCAGGAACUGGACAGAUUUGGCUUGACCAUGUGACCUGUUCAGGAAGUGAAAGUUCUCUAACUGAGUGUCAACACAGUGGAUUUGGAUCAAACACAUGUGAACAUGGUCAGGAUGCUGCUGUCAUUUGUUCAGCUGUGUCCGUCAUUUUAACUGGAUCUGGAUCGACUCGAUGUUCUGGCAGGGUUGAAGUUUAUCACAAUAACAGCUGGGGAACAGUCUGUGAUGAUGGCUGGGGCUUGAAUGAUGCUGAGGUGGUUUGCAGACAGUUAAACUGUGGGUCGGCACUGGAGACUCCUCGAUCAGCUCACUUUGGUGCAGGAACUGGACAGAUUUGGCUUGAUCAUGUGACCUGUUCAGGAAAUGAAAGUUCUCUAACUGAGUGUCAACACAGUGGAUUUGGAUCAAACACAUGUGAACAUGGUCAGGAUGCUGCUGUCAUCUGUUCAGAUCUGAUUAGAUUGGCUGGGUCUGGAUCAACUCGAUGUUCUGGAAGAGUUGAAAUCUUUCACAAUAACAUCUGGGGAACAGUCUCUGAUUACAACUGGGAGUUAAAUGAUGCUGAGGUGGUUUGCAGACAGUUAAAAUGUGGGACGGCACUAAAGAAUCCCCAAUUUGAUCACUUUGGUGCAGCAACUGGACAGAUUUGGCUCAGUGAUGUGACGUGUUCAGGAAAUGAAAGUUCUCUAACUGAAUGUCAACACUCAGGAUGGGGAAACAACUACUAUGAAGAUUAUUAUGAUGUUGGUGUCAUCUGUUCAGCAUGCGGCAGGGCUGUGGAAAACUCAGGAAGUGGGCCCUGGCAGGUCAGUAUAAACCACAAUGGACAGUUUUGGUGUGGAGGGUCCCUAAUCACCAACCAGUGGGUGCUAACAGCUGCUUCCUGCAUAUCACAUAACCUGACAGAGGUACAUCUAAGCUGCCACACCCAGUCAGAUUUAACCUCCGGCGAAGUGUCUUUGACAGUGGAAGAUAUCAUCUGUCAUCCUGCAUUCAACAACAGCACGUAUGAGAACGACAUUUGUCUUCUGAAGCUGUCGGCUCCUGUAACUUUCACAGACUACAUUCAGCCAAUCUGCUUAGCCUCACAAAACAGCACUUUCUACAAUGGGACCAGCAGCUGGGUCACUGAUUUUAGUGAAACUGGUAACAGUUCCUUCCCAAACAUCCUGCAGGAGGUAAAUGCACCAGUGGUGGGAAACAAUGAGUGCCAGUGCUACUAUGAAGGCGACAAAGCAAUCACAGAGAACAUGAUCUGUGCUAUGCUUCAAGCAAGGAAAGAUUCAUGUCAGGGAAACCCAGGAGGACCUUUAAUGACAAAGACAGGAUUUGCGUGGGUCCAGAGUGGAGUUGUGAGUACUGAUGAUGGCUGCGCCCAACCUGUGAGACCUGCAGUCUUCACUCGUGUGUCAGAAUACCAGAAUUGGAUCAGUGACACCGUCACUGGAAUGAAACCAAACUUUGUUACCUUCACUUCCCCGGGCACUGACAAUGACUUAUACUUCACCUGUCCAACACUGUCACCUCCCACUGUCCCCACCACUGUCCCCACCACUGUCCCUUCUACUGUCCUCACCACUUCCUCCACAGAUGACAGUGUGUUUGACAGCGGUGAAAACCUCACCCACUUCACUCAUUUUGCCUCACUCUGUCUUUUUGCUGUCUUGCUCCAUGUAGUUGUUACAAGUAGUGGAAUGUAAGUCAACAUAUUUACCCAAGUCUUGUACUUGAUUACACACUUUAAAUACUUUAAACACUUUGAAUUUACUUUGCUUUCAUGGCAUUUUAUGAAUUUGAGGUGAAUCGUAAUCUUUCUCUCCAAUAUAUUCAUAGAACAAUCAUUAAACUUUUUUUUUCAUUUGAAGAUGCUAAAUAUGUUGUUGUUCCAGUUUCUCAAAUAUGGUGAUUUAGUGGACUUCCUUACUUAGUUACUUUAAACUUUUGAUUAUAUCAAUACUUUUUAAUCAUUUUUUUCAAGUUUUGACUAAUGGACAAAUUGAGAAUGUGAAGGUGUUAUUGACUUUUGUGAUUGUUUUUAACAAAUCAGACCAUGUUUUUAGUAAUUAUGGGAAGUGAAAGUAUAGAAUAUUGUUAUCACACAUGGGGCUAUUUCUGUGUUUUGGGCAAAGUCUCAUGUAAGUUGAUGGAAAUCUUCUUAAAUCUUGUUUUAUGCGGACAUUUUUUGGUAUAACAAUGUCUUUAUUGAUUAAACAUGCAUAAGAAA